AUGUCGCCUUCCGUCGAGAGCGCGCAGGCACAAUGGUUGGAACAACUGGAGGCGAUGCGCAAGGCAAUCGCAGAACUCAAAUUACCAUCUGAUGAUAAAGCGGCCCCCGCGUACGGCGACGAUAUCGACAUUGAUGACGAUGAUUUCUCCGGGACUGCGAGCGGCGAUGAUGUCUGGGAUGUACUUAGCGACGAGAAUAGAGAUGCCUACAGCAGCGACCAGCUUGACCAAUUCACAAGUGCUCGGCCAACAAGUCAACUCUACGACCAGCUAUGGCUACAGGAGAAGUGCAAUGGCGUCGCUCGAAGCAGCUCCGGCCUAGAUGCAACCGCACUAAAAGAGCAGUUGAUCGCCAUCUUGGCGAGUGAUAGCAACGACGACGAGCUGCAGAUGAUGCUCGCGGAUAUCGUGGGCUACGAGCAACUGGAUCUGGUCGCCGACCUCAUAUCCCAUAGGCGGGAAAUUACGCAGUCUUUGCAUGAAGCACCGCGGAACAACGGCAUCGUUGGUCGUUUGCACACUCGAGCAGAACGUGAAGAAGCCCUUAGAGAGCAGGAUUGGGAGCACAAGAACCGAGCACUGGCCGCUGCUGUUGACCGUACAGGUCCCCAGUAUCCCCACGUAUACCGUUCCCAUGAGGGGGCUGGAAAUAAACUCUCUAGUUUUGGCAAGAAGUACGCAUUGCCAACAGGCAGCACCCAUGUCGACGAGAAGACCUAUGAGGAGCAUACUAUUCCUGCCGCUCGCGUUGGCACUCUCGGCGCUGGUCGCAAGCUGGUCGAUAUCGAAGACAUGGACGGCAUGUGUCAGCGCACGUUCAAGGGUUACAAGUCGUUGAACCGCAUGCAGAGCUUGGUAUAUCCUGUGGCUUACAACACGAGCGAAAACAUGCUCAUCUGCGCCCCGACAGGUGCUGGCAAAACAGAUGCCGCAAUGCUUACGAUUCUGAAUACUGUAGCUAAGAACGUCGUACCGAAUCCGGUCGAAAAUCCCGACGCUACUGAUUUCACCGUUCUGGCUGAAGAUUUCAAGAUCAUCUACGUCGCCCCAAUGAAAGCACUUGCCGCUGAAGUCACGGAGAAGCUGGGUAAGCGUCUAGCUUGGCUCGGCAUCAAAGCUCGCGAGUUGACUGGAGAUAUGCACCUCACCAAAGCAGAGAUCUUAGAUACACAGAUCAUCGUUACCACCCCUGAGAAGUGGGAUGUCGUAACAAGAAAGAGCACUGGCGACACGGAACUAGUGCAGAAGGUCCGUCUGCUCAUUAUCGAUGAGGUGCACAUGUUGCACGAUGAGCGCGGUGCAGUUCUGGAGAGUUUGGUUGCAAGGACGCAGAGACAGGUAGAGGCGACUCAGUCUCUGAUUCGCAUCGUCGGUCUUUCUGCUACGCUACCCAACUAUGUUGAUGUAGCCGACUUCCUCAGGGUGAACAAGAUGGCCGGCAUGUUCUACUUCGAUGCAUCGUUCCGUCCAGUGCCUCUGGAGCAGCACUUCAUUGGUGCAAAAGGCAAAUCUGGCACCGUCAAAUCGAGGGAGAACCUCGAGCAAGUCGCAUUUGAUAAGGUUGCGGACAUGCUCAAGCUCGGCCAUCAAGUCAUGGUAUUCGUGCAUAGUCGCAAGGAUACUGUGAAGACUGCGAGAACAUUCUUCGAGAAAGCAGUAGAUGCGCAGUGCUCCGACCUCUUCGAUCCGACAAUGCACCCGAACUACGAAAAUGCGGUGCGCGAUAUGAAGCAGUCCAAGGGCCGUGAGCUGCGCGAGCUACUCCCGAAAGGUAUGGGUACUCACCAUGCUGGAAUGCCUCGCUCCGACCGAAACCUCAUCGAACGUCUUUUCGCAGAGGGUGUGCUGAAAGUGCUUUGUUGUACGGCAACUUUGGCCUGGGGUGUCAACUUGCCAGCCGCUGCGGUUAUCAUCAAAGGCACUCAAGUCUACAAUGCCCAAGAGGGUCGCUUCACUGAUCUGGGCAUUCUCGAUGUUCUUCAAAUCUUUGGUCGUGCCGGUCGUCCCCAAUUCCAGGAUACCGGUAUUGGCUUCAUUUGCACAACUCAAGAUAGGCUCGAUCACUAUCUCAAGGCCGUUACCGAGCAGCAACCGAUUGAAUCCAAAUUCUCAGCUAAGCUUGUUGAUAAUCUGAACGCUGAGAUCGCUCUAGGCACAGUUACCACGGUGCAGGAAGGCGUGCAGUGGCUUGGAUACUCCUAUCUAUUCGCUCGAAUGCAGAAAAGUCCUUUAAGUUACGGCAUCGAAUGGGCGGAGAUCCGAGACGACCCACAACUUGUUAUGAGGCGCAGAAAGCUUAUCGUUGAUGCUGCUCGCGUUCUACAACAGAGUCAAAUGAUUGUUUUCAACGAGAAUACUGGGGACCUACGGUCCAAGGAUGUCGGUCGCAUUGCCAGCCAAUAUUACGUCCAACAGUCCAGUAUCGAAAUCUUCAACACCAUGAUGAAACCGCAUGGAUCUGAGGAAGAUGCCUUCGCGAUGGUUAGCAUGAGCGGAGAGUUCGACCAGAUAACGUCUCGGGACACCGAGGAAAAGGAGUUGUCCUCCCUUAUCGAGCACGAACAUGCCUUUCAUGAAGUCAAAGGCGGCGUCGGCACGCCUCACGGAAAGACCAAUGUGCUGUUGCAGUCAUACGUAUCUCGAGCAAGGCUGGAGGAUUUCACGUUGAUUUCAGACACCAACUACAUCUCACAGAAUGCCGCACGUAUCGCUCGGGCGCUGUUCAUGAUUGCAAUGAAUCGUCGCUGGGGUUACCAGUGCCAGGUUCUUCUGAGCUUGUGCCAGUCCAUCGAGCAUCAGGUCCGAUCUGACUCGCAUCCGCUGCAUCAAUUUGAUCUUCCUCAUCCUGUACUUCGCCAACUGGAUUGGAAAUACACCUCUGUGGAGGCGCUCCGCGACAUGGACCCCCGCGAGAUAGGAGACCUGGUACACAACACCAAGAUGGGUAAUGUUAUUAAUCGAUUGCUGGACAACUUCCCAACCUUGAGCAUCGAGAGUGAAAUCGCUCCACUGAAUCGAGAUGUUCUUCGCAUCCGGCUAUGGCUCACGCCAGAGUUCAAGUGGAACGACCGCCAUCAUGGCACUUCUGAAUCAUUCUGGAUCUGGGUGGAGAAUUCCGAGACCUCUGAGAUCUUUCAUCACGAGUUCUUCAUUCUGUCGCGUAAGAAGAUGUACGAUGACCACGAGCUUAACUUCACCAUCCCGCUUUCGGAUCCUUUGCCUUCACAGAUCUACGUGCGAGCAGUAUCUGAUAGAUGGCUCGGUGCGGAAACAGUACACCCUAUAUCCUUUCAGCAUCUCAUUAGACCGGACACCGAGAGCGUGUACACAGACCUGCUAAACCUCCAGCCGCUGCCAAUCUCCGUUCUCAAGAAUCCGAUUCUUGAGGAACUGUACGGGCAACGAUUCCAGUUCUUCAACCCAAUGCAGACGCAAAUCUUUCACUGCUUGUACCACACACCAGCAAAUGUUCUGCUAGGAUCGCCCACCGGUAGUGGAAAGACAGUGGCUGCGGAGCUCGCAAUGUGGUGGGCUUUCCGCGAGAAGCCUGGCUCAAAGGUUGUCUACAUUGCUCCAAUGAAGGCGCUUGUUCGCGAGCGAGUCCAGGACUGGGGCAAGCGCCUUGCUGGCCCAAUGGGUCUAAAACUCGUCGAGCUUACCGGUGACAAUACGCCGGACACGCGCACUAUCCGGGAUGCAGACAUCAUCAUCACCACCCCUGAGAAAUGGGACGGUAUCAGUCGUAGCUGGCAGACGCGUGGCUACGUGCGACAGGUCAGCCUAGUGAUCAUCGACGAGAUCCAUCUGCUUGGCGGAGACCGUGGCCCUAUCCUGGAGAUCAUCGUUUCAAGAAUGAACUACAUUGCUUCCCAGAGCAAGGGUUCAGUUCGCCUGCUGGGCAUGUCAACUGCUUGCGCCAAUGCGACAGACCUUGGCAAUUGGCUUGGUGUCAAAGAAGGUCUGUUCAACUUCCGCCACUCGGUCCGCCCUGUUCCUUUGGAGAUAUACAUCGAUGGCUUCCCUGAGCAGCGUGGCUUUUGCCCGCUCAUGCAGUCGAUGAACCGCCCUACGUUCCUCGCUAUCAAAGCACAUUCGCCUGGAAAGCCUGUUAUUGUAUUCGUCGCCUCACGUAGGCAAACUCGCCUUACUGCUCGAGACCUUAUCAACCUCUGCGGUAUGGAAGACAAUCCCAGACGCUUCCUUCACAUGUCCGAGGAUGAUUUGGCGUUGAAUCUUUCCCGCGUCAAGGAUGAUGCACUACGGGAAGCUUUAAGCUUUGGGAUUGGUCUUCAUCAUGCUGGACUCGUGGAAUCGGAUCGUCAGCUUUCUGAGGAGCUGUUCGCCAACAACCAAAUCCAAAUCUUGGUCGCAACCAGUACGCUUGCAUGGGGCGUCAAUCUGCCCGCCCAUCUUGUCGUUGUGAAAGGCACGCAGUUCUUCGAUGCUAAGACAGAAGGCUACAAGGACAUGGAUCUUACCGAUGUGCUGCAGAUGCUGGGUCGUGCUGGCCGCCCUCAGUUUGACUCGUCCGGGAUAGCGCGCAUCUUCACUCAGGAUUCGAAGAAAGACUUCUACAAGCAUUUCCUCCACACCGGCUUCCCAGUGGAGUCAUCCCUUCACAAGGUUUUAGACAACCAUCUUGGAGCUGAAAUAUCAGCAGGCACAGUAGCCACCAAGCAAGACGCACUGGACUAUUUAACCUGGACAUUCUUCUUCCGCCGUCUCCACAAGAACCCCUCUUUCUACGGACUCGAGAUAUCAGCCGAAGAGCACAACACCAUUGCCGCCCAAACAAUGGCCAACGAUUACAUGAUCAACCUCGUGGAAACCUCUCUCAACGAACUCGCAGAGUCUUCCUGCAUCGUGCUCCACGGCACCGGCGACAUUGAUUCUACACCCCUUGGCAAGAUCAUGAGCUACUACUACCUCAGCCACAACACCGUGCGCUACCUCGUCAAGAACGCAAAGCGUGAUGCUACCUUCGCCGACGCCCUAGCCUGGAUCUCCCACGCAACAGAAUACGACGAGCUACCCGUGCGCCACAACGAGGACCUUAUCAACGCCGAGCUUUCCCGGGCACUGCCGCUGAAAGCAGAACAGCACUUCAAUCUCCCCCUAUGGGAUCCCCAUGUCAAAGCUUUCCUUCUCCUGCAAGCGCACUUCUCGCGCGUAGAUCUCCCGAUUUCGGAUUACGUUGGCGACUUGAACAGCGUGCUAGACCAGAGUAUCCGUAUCGUGCAGGCUUCCAUCGACGUCCUCACCGAGCUGGGGUAUCUUUCCUCCUGCUCGAUGAUGACCACGCUCCUGCAAGCUAUCAAAUCCGCACGCUGGCCUACCGACGGUCCGCUGUCCCUCUUCCCAGGCGUAGAUGUCGAGAAAGAAAAGAAACGUCUCGAGCAUCCGAAAGCUAGUCCUAAAACCCUUGUUGAAGCGUCGACCGCAAGUAGCGCUAUUCUAGAGAAAGCAGCGCACUUCGCGGGCGUGGCGAAUGCGGGCGUGAGCCGCUUUAUGGAGCCCAUAGCGCGAUUGCCGGUGGUGAAGCUGGAUCUUAAAGAUGUGACAGCGAAGGGUACGACGCUUCAGAUGACACGCAUCAAUCCUGCUAGAAGCGGGCCGGGCGGCGUGCGCAUCUAUGCACCCCGGUAUCCCAAGCCGCAGACGGAAGGCUUCUUCGUCAUUGUGUCGUACGCUGGGACCGACGAGAUCAUCGCCCUGAAGCGCGUGGGGUGGAUCGAUCCCGGGAAGGGUAACGCAGGGAGGGGUGGCGGAAGAGGUGGAGGUGCUGGCACUGGGAGAAACAAUGCUGGUGGAGCGAGGUUAACAAGUUUGGCGAAGAUUAGUCUACCUCGGGAGGCACAGGGAAAAAAGGUCGUUGUGGAUGUGAUUAGCGACGCGUAUUUGGGCAUGAAGUGGAGGAUGGAGGGGGUAGAUGUGCCGAGUGCCCCUGAGGUUGAGGACGGCAAGGGGAAGGAGGGAAAGGGAGUUUUGGCUUCUGACGUGGUCGGCUCUUUGGGUGCCAUAUAA